AUGGCCAGCUCAGCAGAUUUAUGGGUACUACUGUUUUGUGUCCUGCUUUUCAGCUCCGGAGUGAUGUCCCAGUAUUUCCACGCAGUUGCCGUAAAAGAGAACUUAAAGAGUCUCGGAGUCAAAUCAGAUGAAAAACCAUCCACAACUGUGCGGGUUUACCAAGCCGAUAUGCUCAAGGGUAUCGAAGACUUUAUUGUCACAAUUCUACCAAAUGUACCACUUAUAGACUGGAAAAGUAGGAACGCACUGGAUGAAUUCAUGGGACUUCUUAAAAAUUUUCAGCCACUAAGUAAGAGAGAAGAUGAUCUGAUGUAUGGGCUUCAGUGGGACGUAAAGCAAUCUAAUGGUCUGACUGGGAAGCAGUUAUCUGAAAAAUUAAAAUCCAGAAAAGACUUUGGACGAGUCUUUAAUACCAAGAACUACAUUGGCUGUGCAUCCUCCAAGCCCCAUGAGCGGGGCUACCCAUGCGCCUUGUGGAUAUUGUUUCACCAUUUGCUAGAUCGAAAUGUGUAUGCCAUACCUCCCCAUAUUCACCAAUACGCACCUGGCGACAUAUUAUCAAUUUUUCGCAAUUUCAUCAAGUAUUUUUAUCAAUGCCCGCAGUGCGUUGACAAUUUCGAGGGGAUGUUCAAGCGCAGGCCCAUAGAUUCCGAAAUGACACAUAAAGAGGCGAUACUCUGGCUGUGGGCAACCCACAAUGAAUUCAACAAACUCACUGCUAAUCAACCCGGAGAUCCUAUGUUCCCGAAGGUCCAGUUUCCCACUGCUGAUAUGUGUCCACCCUGUCGGAACAACAACUCUAGCUGGCGUACUAACGAAGUGCUGAAAUAUUUAAAGCGUCUGCAUCGCUUUCAUAAUUUAAGCCGCUACGGAAUCCCCAAUUUGUAA